AGCCGAGCCGGAGGGUUUAAUUUUGGGGAAAACUAAUAACUUAUGUCAUACAGAGUGAUUCAACUUGCCUGCGCCUGGCCCACUUCCAGGUCCAAAAAUGUCACCAUAACUUGAUUUUGCUCCAACUUAUAUCCACAGGGGCUUACAUAAUCCUAUAUACCUUCCCCUCCGGUGGAAUAAAGUUAUGUGGCCACAAGCCUUGCUGACGCCUGACCAAUCAACUCAUCCACCACUGCUAUGAUACCGCCAUGAAUAUUCGGAGGCAAUACGGUAGGCUAAACCACUGCCGGGAGGGAUAUUCUCAAGAAUGCUCUCCCAACUAACCCUCCUUUCCCUCCCUCCAUUCCUUCACUUUUGUUUCUUUCCUUUUCCCUCUUUCUCUCUUUCUUUGUUCCUACCGUAGAUCCCCUUCUCAUGGUCGUCACGUGAGUAGCCAUUUCCCUGCUUACUCUCUAACGCACACAACCCUGAAUACACACUCACUAUACGGAGUAAAGGUUAGGCAGUUUGCAUCAUGAGCUCAAACCGUUCACACUUCCGGAACGUACAUUUUUAUGAUGCCGCCAACCCUGAUCGUGAUGUCCUGGGAGGACUCACCCAGAAUGGGUCGGUCACGGAAGCAAAUUUCCUCCAUAAAAUUUAUGCUUGGCAUACUCCUCAUCACGGAAGCUCCAAUACGGGUCCAGCACCGGACUUCGGGUCAGGAUGUAUCGAUGGCCGACAGUUGUCUGCCAAUCGGGACAUACGAUAUCUAUUGCGAAAGCACGUGCUCCGGCUAGAAGCCGGAUGAUAACUAACCCGAUAUUAGGUUCCAUUCGAGUGAAUGAUGAACCAUGGAUACAUCGAAUCACCUCACACGAUGUACCGAGCCAAGAGGAUGCCUUUCGCGAUGGGAUUCGAACUCGAGGCGGGGGAUGUGUUAUCACGGGUACGGUAAAUCUGAGUGCUCCAUACGAUCGGACCAUGUUUGAAGCAGCGCAUAUAUUUCCACCGGAAAAGGGGGAUCUCUGGAUCGAGUGGGGCUAUGGGCAGUGGAUUUCAGACAUGGGGGAUACCGCCGGUGUCUCGAAGAUCAGCUCGUGUCAGAAUGGGUUUCCCCCGCGAGCAGACACCCAUAGAGGGUUCGGUCAAUAUCUUUUCUCGAUCAAUCCGGAUGUGAGUCUAUCAGCCAUCAUGUAGACUGUCGAGACGACUCACCAAUGUCAGGACAACUACAAGGUCGUAGUGUUUACUACCGACUAAUUAGGCAUAGACGAUAGAACAUUGGGCCCCGUCUGCCGCGACCCGAAAGAUCCCCAUCGUGUGUCUGAUGCGCUAUUGCGCUGGCAUUUUCGACAGUCUGUGCUUGCAAACAUGCGAGGGGUUGGGGAGCCAGUAUUUGAACACGACUUUCUACCGGGAACAGUUGUGGUGGGAGAAGUCCGGGCAGGGCGGUCUACGAAAGAAAGCUUGGAGGUGGAGGUGGCAGCUAGAUUGAGAGGAUCUGCCUGGCAUGGUCAGCGGUAAAAAAAUGUUGACUGCGGAUAUAAAUUUAUUCGGAGAUGGGUCCUUAUUCUAUUUGUCCCCUGGAAAUGAAUGGUAGAUCCCAAUCUAACUUUAUUGCACUAACCAAGCAAAAAGGCACCGCCGAACACCGGCAUAGGCCCCUACAGCGCCACAGCAAGAUAAGCUGCCGGGUCCCGCUGCCGGUAUCCCUGGGUAUCAUAUAUCAGGACUAGCAAGGCCCCGCUUGGGACCUCAAGCGUCGGCGCUUGUUCCCUGUAGUUUUUUGCUGAUGGCAGUGGCUUCACUCAUUCAAGUGGUUCGCAUUAAGCACUACCGUUCUUGCUUGCUCACCCCCCAGAGUUACAGUGUUUUUGGAAAACGAUGGGGUCUACUCGCGGCAUGAAUGGCCGAAAGUCCAAUAUCACCUUCCAAACAGGACAGCAACCCUAUCAGAUGACCCAGACACAUCACAAUUUUACUCCAUUCAAGGGUAGCAUAAAACAAUGUAGGUACCAAGGCCUCCCCCGAGAUAUGAAUACCUCAAGCGCGGGUGUUUCCACACACCCAGACGUUUUUCAGGUAAAUUCCCCCUUGCCUCUCCCUCCUUUCCAGCGCUUCACCCGUUAUCCCGACCGUAAUCUAUAUCUUAUCAUACCCAGCCAUGCCCAUACCGUACGGUACAAGCAAGAAAAUUUAACACACGCUCGAUCCGAUCAUUGACCGCACUCAUCCACAUCAGGGAAUUAACAAACAAAGCCGCACCGGAGUGGAAGAGAGAGUAUAAAAAUAAAAAAAAGGGUACCAAUCUCCAGGUCCCGAGUUGUCUUUACUACAAGUAUAAUAAUAUUAUAAUAGUUUGUAUGGUAUCGUA